GAAAGGUUUUUUUCAAUAGUUUUGACGCAGUUUUUCAGCUGACAUAUAAGAUAUUUAUUUGGAUAAUAUUAUGAGGAUUAUAAAAAGGUUGUCGGAGCAAAAACAAUGAAUAAUAUUUCUUUGUUGUUACAACGCUUGAGGGAAUACACGACUACCUGAAAAGAACAUUAUAAAUUGCACGUACGCCCUUGAAUAUCAAGGCUUACAGGUUAUGAUAAGAGCAUUCUACCUGCGAACUACUACCAUAUUUGCGCCGAUUUCUUUAACUGACCGGCCUAUAAAACCUGUUGAUUGCAGCGACGCGUGUUCAUAGUGACUUUUGUAGCCACGGGAGUUAGACAGAGCACCAAUCACCAUAGUACAAAAUUUGUGUAAAAUAUUAUUUAUAAUGCGAAGUAAGGAUUUACCACUGAAUCUUUUUAUGAUACAAAUCGCAACCGAGAGCGCGGUGAUUAUGCAAGCCAAAGAUCCCGAAGAUAUAAAGCCGCUAAUAAACAGAUGGUUGGUGGAAUAUACAGAUGCGAGUAUACCGUUUUUGGCGCGUGGCCAACUCAAUCGUGAAGCGCAAGAGGCUCUUCGAUCCAAAUACAAGUUAGCGCAGAAAAUGGACCAAAUAAUAAGAGAGCGCGCAGAGAGGCGGCAGCGCGGAGAUUCCAAUAUUACACUGCAUGAACAUCAAACUAAGGCUUAUGUGCAGGAAGCCUUUAGGGCCAUAAGUAACGUGGAAAAAAGAGAGAAAUUGUUGGAGGAAGUAUUUGAAAAUAAGCAAAGGUCAAAGGUGAUGAAAUUUCAAAGGGGACGCGAACGUUUUACGGUGAAGAUGCAUGUCGCAACACAAGCAAAGAAGAGACGGACGACUCAGGAACACUGCGAUAGCAAAAAAAUGAAAGGAAAUGAAGAAGUUAUUUGAAUGUGAAGAGAAUAUUUUCAAGUCUGAUAUUUUAUUAUAUAAUAUAUAUGAACUAAACUAAAACUGAAAAUAAAUCAUUUUCACCGAUAA